AUGCUCAGGAGCUUCUGUCUCCAGCUCAUGUCCUUGCUUUGGAUCCUCUUAGCCCAUCACCAGCUUGCCCAAGGUGAUGACUGCAGUGAGCACUGCAACCUGGCCCAUGGCAGCUGCGACCAGGAUGGGAAGUGCAGGUGCGACCCAGGCUGGGAGGGCGAGUACUGCGAGGAGUGUGUGCGCAUGCCGGGCUGCCUCCACGGGACCUGCCACCAGCCCUGGCAGUGCAUCUGUCACAGCGGCUGGGCCGGCAAGUUCUGCGACAAGGACGUCCACAUCUGCGAACAUCAGUCCCCAUGCCAGAAUGGGGCUCAGUGCAUCUAUGACCGAGAUGGGGACUACUCCUGUCUGUGUCCAGAGGGCUUCCAUGGGAAGGACUGUGAGAUGAAGGCAGGGCCAUGUGAGAAGGCAGGGUCUCCAUGCAAGAAUGGGGGGCAGUGUCAAGACGAAAAUGGCUUUGCCAGCAACUUCACCUGCCGGUGCCUCGCUGGCUUUGUGGGGGCUCUCUGUGAGCACGACGUGGAUGACUGCCUGAUGCGGCCCUGCGCCAACGGUGCCACCUGCCAUGAUGGCAUCAACCGCUUCUCCUGCCAAUGCCAGGUGGGCUUCGAGGGGCGUUUCUGCACCAUCAACAUCAACGACUGUGCCAGCCAGCCCUGCAAAAAUGGGGCCAAGUGCUACGACCGCAUCAAUGACUAUGACUGCUUGUGUCCGGACCGUUUCACUGGCAAAACUUGUGAGAUCUCCAUCCCUGAGCCCACCUGGGCUCCCCCCUACCAUCCUUUGAACCACGAGAGCGGCUGGGCGAUUAGGAGCACCACCAGCGAGAUGCCUGAGGUGACACAGCCAGAGCCCAUGAGGAGUGCAGUUACGGGGCGGCGCGUGGCCAACCACAGUGAGAAAGUGCCGGGAGGAGGGUUGUUAAAAAUCUCUGUGAAAGAGGUGGUGACCCAAAGGGACUCAGGGCUGAGCGAAGCCCAGCUGGUGACAGUGCUGGUGUUUGGGGUGCUGACGGCAGUGCUGGUCCUCAUCACUAUCCUGCUCAUCCUGAGGAACUGGCAGAGGGGCCGACAGCGGUCGAACUGGUGCCAAAGCCCUUCGCAGGCUGCCAGGAAGCUCCAAGAUCAGGAGUGCCAGGUGGGCAUGUUAAACUCGGUCCUGAUCGAGCCCAGGAAAACAACAGAGCUCUGA